ACCUGCAAGAAAGAAAAACGAAGAGGGAGUGGAAAAAAAAAUCAAAUCAAAUAUGGUGGUUGUUGGAGAUGUUAUUGCAAGCAAAAUCAUUGAGAAGCUGGUGGAGGUUGGGUUUGACUACGCAGCAGACCAGUGCUUUGCUCGGCGAAGACGAAUGAACGACGAGCGUCAGAGGCUCAAGGAUGCUCUUCCUCGUAUCCGAGCUGUCGUAAACGCAGCGGAGAGCGGGCAAGGAGAAAUAACCGGCGACCUCAACAAAUGGCUAUGGCAACUUAAGGGUGCUGUCUACAUGGCCAGUGACGUACUCGAUGAUCUCGAUUAUAAUGAGAUACAGAAGCGAGUGGAGACGGAUGCUGCAGGAAGCGGACCUCGUGGCAGCAAGGUGAGCGGUUUUAUUUCCGAUUCUAAACGAAGAGUUUCCAAGUUUAGUAAAAGAGCGUUUAAAUCCGACCCCGCCCUCGAGAAGCUAAGGGGGGCUGUCAAGAGGCUAAGUGAAGUGGCGGCAGGCGUUGAAGUUUUUAACAGUUUAGUAACAGAGCGUAACCAACUUCAACAACAGCAACAACAACAGCAACAACAACAUCGUGAAACUGAACCUAUUGUAAGGGAGAGAGAUGUGCUGGGAAGGGAUGGGGAUAGGAAGGAAGUGUUACAGUGGUUGACGAGGGCGCCCAUCGCUAAUGAGGAUCACGAGGGUAUCUCUCUUUUCUCCAUUGAGGGCCUCGGAGGAGUCGGAAAGACAACCCUUGCACAAGUCGUCUACAGGGAUGACGCCGUACGGAGUUCCUUUAGCAUCAAAAUUUGGGUGUGUGUCUCCACUCGCUUUGAUGUUAAAAAGAUUACGGGAGACAUCCUAGAAUGCGCUGCACAAAGGAGACCGGACGUCGGAGGACUUGGCCCACUACAGGAAGCUCUUGAGGCCUUGGUGUCAUCUAAGAAAUUUCUCCUUGUCUUGGAUGACGUUUGGAAUGACGACGAUCUCUCUAGUUGGCAGACGUUGUUUGCUCCGUUGAGGUGUGGACUUAAAGGAAGUAAAAUCAUUUUAACUGCCAGAUCGGAGGAGGUCGCCGAAAUGGCUACACUAGCUUUGGGAGGGAUGGCAAACGAGUCGAUGAAGUUAAAACCCUUGGAUGGUAAUGACUUCUUAUCACUUUUCAACCGAUACGCAUUUGCUGGAACAAAUCCCCAUAAUCAUGGGAAGCUGCAAUCAAUUGGCGAGCAAAUAGCUGGAAGGCUUGGAGGCUUGCCGCUGGCUGCCAAGACGAUUGGAGCGUUAUUGCGUUCUAACUUGGAUGACAGUCACUGGAUGAAUAUUCUGCAAUCUCGUCAUAUAUCAGAUCACGGACCACAGAGAGAUGGUGUGAUGCCGGCUCUGAUGUUGAGCUACUAUUAUUUACCGAAGCACCUAAGACCUUGUUUUGCAUUUCUCAGCACCUUUCCUCAAGAUCACCAGUUUUUCAAAGGUGAUCUAGUUUUAAUGUGGAUGGCGCUCGACUUCAUCCAACAAUCUCCUCAGAAUCCAGCACAAGCACUAGAGGAUAUUGGAAGCCGCUACUUUGAUGAGUUAGCCAAACUGUCAUUCCUUGAACCAUUUGGUCUGCAUAGCACAAAUCCCUCAACUCAAAGAUUGGAAGAAGGGUACAUCAUGCAUGAUCUUUUGCAUGAUCUGUCAAGCAAAGUAUCUCAUGGUGAAUGCUUUACAUUUGUUGGAGAUAUGUCAAUCAACCAGAUCCCAAACACAGUACGUCAUUUGUACUCUAAAACCGGUGAUCUUGGUCUUCUCAAAGAUAUGGGCAAAUGGAAGAACUUGCACACCCUGAUUUUAAAAUUCAAUGGAUACAAUGAUGAGCAUGCCGUGGCUUUCCGACAAGUGUUUGAAUCACUAGAAAGCAUUCGAGUGUUGCGCAUCACUAUUAAAGAAAUGGAAGUGUUGCCGUGUGCAAUAGGUAAAUUGAGGCAUCUCAGAUAUUUGUCACUUGAUGGUCGUUUUGCUCGGUUGCCUAGUUCAAUCUGCAAGCUUUACCACCUGCAGGUACUUGCUCGUAGCAAUAUUGAAACUUCUUCAGUUUUGGUCUUGAAUAACCUUAUUAACUUGAGACACCUGCUGCCAUAUCAUAUUCCCUAUGGAAACAUCAAAGGGAUUGGGACUCUUACUUCGCUUCAAAGGUUAUCUUUUGGUGCUGGUGCUUAUAAUAAAUUUAGCGAACUAAAGGACCUGAGAGAGCUUCAGGAACUCCGGAUUAGUGGCCUUCGGAACCAACGACAUGACGAGGAGGUUAGUCUGGUUCAGUUCCGUGAUAAAAAGAGACUCCAAGUGUUAUAUUUGGAUUGGAAAGAUGAUAGUGAUGCAGCAGAGGAGUAUGAAAAGGUGCUCGAUUGCCUCCAUCCGCCUGAUAGCCUCAAGGAACUCCGAAUUGUAGGGUACCGAGGUGCAAGGUCCCCAUAUUGGAUGGAAAAAGAUUUGUUAAAAAAUCUAGAGCGCAUUGUUCUUUCCGGAAACGCAGCAUGGAAGCACCUUCCUUCUCUCGGGAAGCUUCCCUAUCUCAAUGAAUUGAGAUUGUAUUCACUAACAGGACUCGAGCAAAUUGGCUUUGGAGGAGGAUUUCAGCAACUGAAGAUUUUAGAAAUCCAAGAUUGUGAACAAUUGGAAGAGUGGUCCGGAUUUGGAGCGGAGACGGCACCUUGCUGGCCUCUCCUUGGACAUCUCGAAAUCUCGCGGUGUCCCAAACUGAAGGCAUUGCCUCCUCUGCGACUAAGCCUACAGAGAUUGGAGUUGCUGGAUGUGGGACUGUCUGAUUCUCCAACAUUCUUCCCGGCUACUCCAUCCUCGUCCUCAUCCUCUCCUUCCCUCACCCACAUGGAAAUUACAGGAUGUGAAAAUUUAACAUCAGUGGCCGGCUUGCUGCGGCAUCGCCUCAGCGCCCUCAGGACGUUGGAGAUUAGCGGUUGCGAAGCUCUUGCGGAUCUGCACGCAGAGGAAGGCUUUCAGCAUCUGCACUCCAUCGAAAGACUAGCGAUUGAAUAUUGCCCAAAGCUGAAGAUGGCUACCGACGCGGUCGCCCUUACUUCUCUUUCUCGACUUACACUGUCAGGUUGGAACCACAUAACAUCCUUUCCCUCCGAAGAGGCGUGCAGAAGAUUAACUUCACUAAAAGUGCUGCGAUUGGAAGACUGGGGAGGUCUGAUGUCAGUUGAGGGUCUAAAGGCUCUUUCCCACCUUGAUGUCCUACAUAUUCGUGAGUGUCCCAAGCUCGUGCAAGCAGCGGCAGCGUCAAUUAAGGGGAAGGAGGAGGAGGAGGAGGAGUUCACAUUAACCGUCGGCCGUCUAUGGGUUGAUGACCCCUUGCUGCUCCACGUUGAACCAUUGAGAAAACUCACGUCUGUCACAAAUCUAUGGAUAGAGGACUGUGGGAAUCUGGAGAGCGAGGGAGACAUCGACCCGUGGUUGUUGCGCAACAGAACUUCGCUCCGAUCCAUCCUCCUGAGAAAGUACAGUACUGCAAAGUCGCUGCCUCGUAGCCUCCAAGCCCUCUUCCCUGGAGUAUUUAGGCAUCGAAGAAGCUUAUCAGCUCCAAUCGCUGCCGCGGAUGCCCUCGUCUCUGGAAUGUCUUUACAUCUAUGGCUGCAACGAGACGCUGAAGGAGCGGUGCGCGGAGGACGAAGGUGCCGAUUGGCCCAACAUUAAACACAUCCGUCAUAUUACUGUCUCAGAGUCAGAUCGGUAUUAAUUGCAUUUGAGCCUGAUAGUGACUGUUUUGUCCUAUUUUGGGCUCACCGCAAAGAAAAUGAGAGGUGUGUACAUUUUUUUGUCUUUUUCUUUUGUUUGUUUGCUUUUGUGUUCCUAGGAAAGCAUAUGCCGCUACGCUUGAAACAGGGGACAAGACUUGAUGUUGAGCGUCCUGGGUAAAAUUUAUCCUUUUAGUUUUUUUUGUUUUUUUUUUCAAUGUUCCUGAUGUUAUGUACACUUGCUAGUGUUUUAUGUAUUUUUGUAGCUAUUGUCGCUCAAUAAUAUGUCUAGCUCUAAUCUUAUGUAUGUCUGACUCUUAAUUCAUGAGUUCUUUAUUUAUCAAACUUCAG